AUGGGUACCAGACUGAGUGCCAGUGAAAGGGAGGUGGAGGAGCUGAAGAGAAUGAAUGCAGCCCUGGAGGCCAGAGUGACAGACAGUGAGAAUGGGAACACAGAGGCCAGACUGAAUGCCAGCGAGGGGAUGGUGGAGGAGCUGAGGAGAGAGAAUGCAGACAGACCAAAGGUGGCCUUCUCUGCUGGUUUGACUAAUGAUGGAUAUGUAGGACCCUUGAAUAGUAUCACCAUACUAGUAUACAGAAGGGUCAUCACCAACAUCGGCAAGGCCUACAACCCAAAUACAGGUGUCUUCACAGCACCAGUGAGAGGACUCUACUACAUCAGAUUCACUGCCAUGGGUCUCAAGGGUCCACAGUCCAUAGGUGCCUAUAUUUACCAUAACGACAAGAGUGUCAUGUUCAAUCACCAGAACAAUGACAAUGGACAUAAUAGGUUCUUGUCUAAUGCGUUGACUCUAGAGCUGGAGGCCGGGGAUGUGGUCUAUAUGCGUCUCCCAGUAAAUCAGGAGCUCUAUGAUGAAAAGUCGAGUAACUACAGCACCUUCAGUGGCUUCCUGCUCUUCCCUAUGUGAAGGGAGCACUCUGGUGUGAG